AUGGCCCACCUGCGCGACCUCCCUGUCACACACUACAUCAAAAACUGCCUCUUCAUGCACGAAGAAAGUGUUAAAAUUUGGCAUAUGACUACUUCCGAUGGGGGUCGGUCUUUCUCGCCGGAGAGCGAAACGUUAUGGUUUGCGAGCGAUUCGGUUACGCACGUUAUCCAUCGUGUGUGCACCCUAGCAAUAGCGGCGGACAGGGAAGUGUAUAGGGUUAGCAUCGGUCAGAGGACGUACAAAUUCUUUGUGCUCGAUGUGAGAGAUAGAGUCCCGACAGUGAUAUUACCGAGAGCCGAUCUCACUGUCAGGGACUACAUUGAGGAAGGGUUCGAUGGAGAGGUUAUAACGUGGAUUAGGCCGCAUGGAGAAGAGAUCGCGUUGGCCCCACCGUCAAUUCCCCCUGCUGGAGAGAAGCAGACACCUGAUAUGACCCCUGCCCUUGUGAAUAGUGCAGCACGCACAAUCCACCAAUACACCAGCUCCACCAAGCGAGGAUGCGAAGAAUCAGAGGCCCCCGCUCAUCUAGAGGCGAGGCAGGAAGAUUUCGGGGCAUAUGAGGGAGAUUUUCUUGAUAAUGAGGAUGAAGGAGCAUGCAUAUAUGCCGGUACUGACCCACAUGCACUGCCCAGCAUGUUCCCAUCACCCUCGCGGCUUGACGACGACAAUGCAUCCACCCUAGAUGACAAUGCAUCCACUCUAGAUGACAAUGCAUCUCUCUUAGACAACGACGACGCUGGUCAUUUCUCUCGCUCUGGUACUUGCUCACUUGCUCCAUUGGCAUCUGACUCAGAUUUAGACCCCCGUGGGCUUCUUGGCACUCCAGAGCCCACUCUAUCCCUUUCUGAAAAUGAGGAGCCAAUACCCAAGCUCGAAAAUGACCCUCAGUAUCAGACUAGCAGGGAACUAUUCGAGUGUCUCUUAGACUCAGGCUUGGAGCAUCUCAACGAUGACGACUCAAACCCCCCGGCAUUCGACGAAGAUCCUGCCAUUUGCAAUGCCUACAUCAUGGCAUAUCUCCUUGCUGCAUGUCAUGGAUCCAUGCAAGAAGCCAUAAAGGCCUACUUGGAUGCUGAGCACGAGACGCUACUGUCUAUGUGA